AUGGCCGCAAGACUUUCUGCUUGUCUCCUGGCAGCCCUCGCUUACAACCAAUCAGCCGUGGUCACCCCAAGUUCCUCAAGCUACAACAGUAGCCUUACCAUCUACAACUUGAACAUACCGAUCUUGCCUGCAGCUGUCACAUAUCCAAGCACUACAAAACAGGUUUCGGGUAUCGUGAAAUGCGCUGCCGAAGGGAAUUAUAAGGUACAGGCAAAAGGUGGUGGCCACAGCUAUGGAAACUACGGCUGGGGUGGAGAAAGUGGAGAAGUGGUGAUUAAUCUCGCGAACCUUAAUGGAUAUUCCUACGACAACUCGACGGGAUAUGCCACCGUCGGUGCCGGUUCUCAAUUGGGAAGCGUCACGACUGCUUUGUACAACUCUGGGGGGCGUGCUGUUGCUCAUGGUUCAUGCCCUGAUGUUGGUAUUGGAGGCCACGCCACCAUUGGUGGAGUUGGUCCUACAUCUCGUCAGUGGGGAGCAACUAUCGAUCAUGUCAUGUCUGCCACCGUCGUCCUCGCCGACGGUAGAAUUGUCACUGUCUCCGAAACAGAGAACCCGGAUCUUCUCUGGGCUUUGAAGGGAGCAGGCGGCAGCUUUUUUGUCGCGACUGAAUUUGUUUUCCGUACCGAAGCUGCUCCUGCUGGGGGCGUUUCGUACUCAUAUGCUUUUGAGGGCCUAAAUGCCACGGCACAAGCACAAGUUUUUAAAGAUUUUCAAACUUUUAUUUCCAACCCCAGCUUGUCUUGGGAGCUUUAUAUCUUGAUGGUAGGACUUCCUACCGUUAUUGAAGUCACCGGUUCGUUCUUUGGCUCCUUGGAGGAUUUCAACGCCCUUGGCCUUGAACAAGCGUUCAGUAUCACCCCCGUUGCCAACGUUACGGUGAUCCCCAAUUGGUUGGAUAUGGUGGCUAUUUGGGCUACUGAGUCGGAGAACGCAGAAAAACCGGCCUAUUUCUACGCCAAGUCAUUGGAUGUCUUGCCAGAUGCCCUACUCUCCGACGACACCAUCGACUCCAUGUUCGAAUACCUUACUACAACGCCUGACAAUGCAUUGACAUAUGAGCUGGAAGUCCAAUUGGUCUCUGGUGCCAUGGCCGAAAUUGCUAGCAAUGCUACUGCUUUCCCUCACCGUGACGUUUUGUACUGGAUUUUCGCCUACGCAGCUACCCGUGGCCCCGUUUCAAACACUACGAUUGACUUCCUGGAUGGCUUCAAUGAUGUCAUUUACUCUGCGUUCCCCAACGAGACUUUCUACGCCUAUGCAGGCUAUGUUGAUCCUCUCCUUUCGAACGGGCCUGAAUUGUACUGGGCCGACAACCUUCCGCGUUUGGAACAAAUCAAGAAGGAAUAUGACGAACGUGAUGUUUUCCAUAAUCCCCAGAGUGUUCCUGUCGGAGAUGGUGAAUGUGAUUGGUAA